AUGUCGUUCAUCGUGAUCAUACCUUCUCGCUUUGCAUCCACACGUCUCCCGGGGAAACCACUAGCCAUAAUACACGGCAAACCUAUGAUUGCCCAUGUGGUGACAAGAUCCCAACAUUCAGGUGCAUCCAGAGUAAUCGUAGCCACCGAUCAUCCAGAAAUCGCCAAAGCAGCAGAAGCAGCUGGAGCCGAGGCUAUUCUCACCCGAGAAGAUCACCAGAGCGGCACCGAACGACUAGCAGAGACAGCGGACCUCCUGCAUAUCGACGACAACGAAAUAAUUAUCAACGUACAAGGAGAUGAACCCUUUAUUGAGCCCGAGCUCAUUGCUCAGGUCGCACGCGAUCUCUCAACCCAUACGACAAAUAUGGUGACACUAGCAACGCCGAUUAGAAAUGCUAGCGACGCAUUGGAUCCAAACAUCGUCAAAGUCGUUCUCGAUGCAGAUGGAAAUGCUCUUUACUUUUCACGGGCUCUGAUUCCUUGGGAUCGUGAUGCCGGUGGACUUGGAUCUAGUGAGAAUAUACUUCAACAUAUCGGCCUUUAUGGUUAUCGUGCAGGCUUUUUGCGGAAAUAUCCUACUUUCAAGCGUACUUCACUGGAGGAUAUCGAGAAACUGGAGCAGUUACGAGUUUUGUAUCAUGGAGAGAAGAUACACGUCUCUGUGACAAAGUCGGUUUUGGGGUUGGGUGUGGACACUGAGCAGGAUUUGGAACGAGCUCGAUGCAUGAGCUCAGAAUGA